CAAAUGUCGAAUUGCUGUGUCAUUUUACAUUUUAGAUUUUGUGCCGCAGUUUAUAUUUGUAGUUAUUAGAAUGGCUUCUGAACGUUACAGUUUCUCUCUAACAACAUUCAGUCCCUCGGGGAAAUUGGUUCAGUUGGAAUAUGCAUUGGCGGCUGUAUCUGCGGGUGCGCCUUCUGUAGGAAUAAUGGCUUCUAAUGGUGUUGUUAUUGCAACUGAAAACAAACACAAAUCUAGUUUGUACGAAGAACACAGCGUAAAUCGCGUUGAAAUGGUCACAGGCCAUAUCGGAAUGAUAUACUCUGGCAUGGGCCCCGACUAUCGCCUGCUGGUUAAGCAAGCCAGAAAACUUGCUCAAAAUUAUUAUUUAACAUACAAGGAGCCAAUACCUGUAGCACAAUUAGUGCAGCGGGUUGCAGCGCUGAUGCAAGAAUACACACAAACAGGAGGCGUACGACCAUUUGGCGUCUCGCUAUUGAUUUGUGGAUGGGACUCGGAUCGUCCUUAUUUAUUCCAGUGUGAUCCAUCCGGGGCUUACUUUGCUUGGAAAGCAACUGCAAUGGGCAAAAAUGCUGUUAACGGAAAAACAUUUUUAGAAAAACGCUACAGCGAAGAUCUGGAAUUGGAUGAUGCGGUACAUACAGCUAUACUUACACUUAAGGAAGGAUUCGAGGGAAAAAUGACAGCAGAUAACAUUGAAGUUGGUAUUUGCGAUCGCAAUGGUUUUAAGCGUUUAGAUCCCGCUACCGUUAAGGAUUACUUAGUGAAUAUACCAUAAACAGUUAAAUGCUUAUUGUGACACUUGCAUUAUUGCGUCAUGAUUGUUUUCUACUUUAAUAAAUGAAAAUAAACCAUUGUAAA